GAAUUUUUAAACAGUUCUACUCGGCUCCAACAGGGUCUUUUGUCAAAUAGUAAAAGUCGAAUUUUUUCCCCAGGUUUUCACGACUCUGUUAUCGUGGGAAACAAGAAAAAUCACUUAACCUCGUUAAGCAACUGGCUUGCACCUGUCACAAAAAGCGUCAAUUCUCUCUGGAAACGCUGUUGGCGUGCAUCCGUCGACGGCUGGGCUGUAAGUACAUUUCACUCCCAAUGUGACGGCAAGGGCCCGACUGUGACAAUAGUAAGGGUCGGGAGAUAUAUUUUUGGAGGAUACACAAGUAUUUCAUGGGGUAAGUGAGCAUUGUAAGGGGCAGUUACCUUACCUUUGCAGUUGCUUGCAUGGAUAUGUUGGGCUAAAAGUGCAGCUUGAUAGCUCGGUAAUGAGCAAUGUGGAGUCAGUUUGACCUUGCAUGGUUAAGCAGUAGCCGAUAAAGGAUUCAGGUUAGCGGAUCUAGAUUCGGACGCGCACCCCCUCGCCCCUCUGAAACCGAGGACCCCCCUCCUUGACUCACAAGGAAUUAGCAAAUGUGGCAAAAAACAACUACAGCAACAGAUUUUUUUGUUGAUCAUGAUUUUAACAGAUUUGCUCUACACAAGUUACAAAAGGAAAUAUCCAGUUACCCGAAGUUUUAUAUAUUAUUUUUCAAAUAUUUUUUUGCUCGAAUCUAUUGCUUUGUAAUUGCGAAUUUUUGCUUUCAGACAGCCCCCAUAGACAAAAACCUUUGCUCCCGUACGUGAGCGCACAGUCUGUUAGGUUUCGGGACCGCGAUUGUUAAUCUCCCGUUCAAAAAUUGGUUGCUUGCGGGAGGUCUUAUUGGAAGCAAUAAAAUGAAACACUGAGUGAUAAACACAAGAUAUACACAUUCUCAUGGUUAUUUUAUCAAUAAUUUAUAAAGCACUUAGUAUCUGUAAAAAUUUUUCCACUAAUUGUAUAUUACUAGGCGACCCAGUGAUUUACAUUUUUUCGUUUUAAUUGGAUGUGUUUGGAGUUAUUCUUGUCGAGGGUAUAGAUGUAAGCAGGGUAAUAUGAUUGAUCAUGAGUGGAUUUCAAUUCAGGGGGUAAUCGGCCGUGUAUUUCAAAUUGGCUGAACGCGUAUUUUUUGUUAUUUACAUUGUUAAUGUAAGGAUAUAUGUUGAGAGAAGAACUAAAAAAAGGUCUGAGUUCCAGAUAGGAACUAAACUCUCAAUACACUUCAUGAGUUAUUGGAAAUUUUAGUACUGGGCUGGUAAAACGAAAGUACUGCAUCGAGCGCUAACUUUUUUUUUUUUUUUUUUGAUGUGCUCUAAUUUACCUUCAGUAUCAGAAAAAAUAUCCCAAAUGGCACUUUUAUUCCAUCUCUAUUUUCUUGCAGGUUCUGGCUCUGGGUAUCGGUACGACUCAAACGCCUUUUUAUUCUCACUUGUAAACAAGCCAGGAUGGGUACCUGUUAAACUGCCUCAGACGGGGAAAUAUAGCUCCAGAAGGCAAUAUUCCAUAGAAAAUAGCCCAUCACAUGGGCCUAUAUUCGGAGGAGGAAGUGACAUUUACAUAUCAAACUACGCGUCAUCCAAUCGCAAUUCACAUACCAACCUUGGCAAUACUUACAGCCCACCGAGCGGGUACAGCUUCGGCAGCACCUUCGCCCAAACAUUCCUGGCCGGAACAUACCAGUUUACACCAGGGGAAAUAGAAACGUUUCACGAAACAACUUAA